ACCCAGAAACCCUUACGUAAGAAGCGGAAGAUCGUAUCCUCCAGGAAGAGGCGGAGUCGAGGUGAGAGGUUGAAAUGCUUAAAUUAGGAAUGGAUUUUGGAGUUUCUCGGCGCUGAAGAAAGAGGGCCUUUCCGCCUGCGAGCCCAGACAGCCGACACCCGAGCUCCGCUAGACCCGGGACCUACCACUGAAUAGAUCCAGUCCAGGGUGCGGCGGCUCACUGGCUUCAUGAAUGGAGUGGAUCUCUCUCUGAAGACUUUGUAGGAUAUUGUUUGGCCUCUGGUGUUGGAUCCCUUUCGAAUCCCUGUUACUUCCAGCCAUGCAACCGAAGGGGUCGAAGCAGCCGCUGGGGUCUUUGCUGUCUCGCGAGGAGGGCGAAGCGCCCCCGCCUGCUCCCGCUUCUGAGGGUAGGCGGAGAAGUCGCCGGGUACGCCUUCGCGGAUCCUGCCGCCACCGACCUAGCUUUUUGGGCCGGCGGGAGCUUGCUACGAGCGCUCCAGCAGGGCCUGCGCCAGCGUCUUCCGAGAUAAUGGCAUCAGCCGCUAAGGAAUUUAAAAUGGACAACUUUUCACCUAAAGCUGGCACUAGCAAAUUACAACAGACGGUACCAGCUGAUGCAUCUCCUGAUUCUAAGUGUCCUAUAUGCUUGGAUAGAUUUGAUAAUGUGUCUUACUUAGAUCGCUGUUUACAUAAGUUCUGUUUUCGCUGUGUACAGGAGUGGUCAAAAAACAAAGCUGAAUGUCCACUAUGUAAACAGCCCUUUGAUUCUAUUUUCCAUUCUGUGAGGGCAGAAGAUGACUUCAAGGAAUAUGUCCUAAGGCCUUCCUAUAAUGGUUCUUUUGCCAUCCCUGAUGGUCGAGGAUUUCGCUACCGUACAACUAUGACAAGGGAACGGAAUACUUCUGUUUAUUCACCUAAUAGUACCAUAAAUAGAAGAACAACAACUCCACCAGAUAGUGGAGUUUUAUUUGAAGGGUUAGGCAUUUCAACAAGAUCUAGAGAUGUUGAAAUUCCUCAGUUUAUGAGGCAGGUUGCAAUAAGGAGGCCAACUACUGCAGAUGAAAGAUCUUUGCGGAAAAUUCAAGAACAAGACAUUAUUAAUUUUAGACGAACUCUCUAUCGUGCUGGUGCUCGAGUUAGAAAUAUUGAAGAUGGUGGCCGCUAUAGGGAUAUUUCAGCUGAAUUUUUCCGUAGAAACCCAGCUUGCCUUCACAGAUUAGUCCCCUGGUUAAAACGUGAACUUACAGUUCUUUUUGGAGCUCAUGGAUCUUUAGUGAACAUCGUCCAGCACAUCAUCAUGAGUAAUGUUACUCGCUAUGAUUUGGAAAGCCAGGCAUUUGUGUCUGAUUUAAGACCAUUUUUACUUAAUCGAACCGAACAUUUUAUACAUGAAUUUAUCAGUUUUGCUCGAUCUCCUUUUAACAUGGCAGCCUUUGACCAGCAUGCUAAUUAUGAUUGCCCUGCUCCUUCAUAUGAAGAAGGCAGCCAUUCUGAUUCUUCAGUCAUAACAAUAUCUCCAGAUGAGGCUGAGACUCAAGAGCUAGAUAUUAAUGUAGCCACUGUUAGUCAGGCACCAUGGGAUGAUGAAACACCGGGACCAUCUUACUCAAGCUCAGAGCAGGUACAUGUUGCUAUGUCUUCCCUUUUAAAUACUUCUGACAGUUCAGAUGAAGAACUGGUCACAGGGGCAACCACGUCUCAGAUACAAGGAGUACAAACCAAUGAGGACUUGAAUAAUGACAGUGAUUCUUCUUCAGAUAAUUGUGUAAUUGUUGGGUUUGUUAAACCACUAGCUGAGAGGACCCCAGAACUUGUUGAACUGUCCUCAGAUUCUGAGGAGUUAGGUACUUAUGAGAAAAUGGAGACAGUGAAGACACAAGAACAAGACCAGUCUUACAGUUCUGGUGAUAGUGAUGUUAGUAGAUGUUCAUCUCCACGCUCUGUCCUUGGAAAAGAUGAGCAAAUAAAUAAAGGUCAUUGUGAUUCUGGUACAAGAAUCAAAUCCAAGAAGGAAGAGAAACGAUCUACAUCAUUGUCAUCUCCCAGAGACCUGAGCUCAUCUUUGAGAGGAGACAGAGUAUAUUCUCCAUACAACUAUAGACACAGGAAGAGGGGAAGAUCAAGAAGUUCAGAUUCACGUUCCCAGAGUAGAAGCGGAUAUGAUAAGAAUCAUAGAAAGCAUCAUGGUAAGAAAAGAAUGAAAAGCAAAAGAUCCAGAAGCAGGGAAAGUAGACCUAGAGGAAGAAGAGACAAAAAGAGGUCAAGAACUAGAGAUAGCAGUUGGUCAAGACGAAGCCAAACUCUGUCUCUAAGUAGUGAAAGCACAAGCAGAUCAAGGUCUCGUAGUAGUGAUCAUGGUAAAAGAAGAUCACGGAGCAGAAAUAGAGAUCGUUACUAUUUAAGAAAUAAUUAUGGAAGCAGAUACAAGUGGGAGUAUACUUAUUAUAGUAGAAACAAGGACAGGGAUGGGUACGAAUCAUCUUACAGGAGGAGGACUCUGUCCAGAGCUCAUUAUUCCAGACAAUCUUCAAGUCCAGAAUUUAGAAUUCAGUCUUUUUCUGAAAGAACAAAUGCUAGGAAAAAAAACAAUCACAGCGAAAGGAAAUACUACUACUAUGAAAGGCAUAGAUCAAGGAGCCUGUCUAGUAACAGAUCAAGGACUGCAUCUACAGGGCCUGAGCGGAUGAGAAAUGAAAAACCUGGAGGGAAACGAAAAUACAAAACACGGCAUUUGGAGGGUGCUAAUGAAGUGGCUCAACCAUCUCAUGAAUUUGCUUCUAAAGUAAAGGAUGGUCAUUACCAGAAAUAUUCCUCAAAAUUGGAUGGAAACUACAAAAAUGAGAGUGACAGCUUUUCAGACAGCCGAUCAUCAGAUAGAGAGACAAAACACAAGAGGAGAAAAAGGGCCCGGAGCCUGAGUGUAGAGAUAGUUUACGAAGGAAAAGCUACUGAUACAACCAAACAUCAUAAAAAGAAAAAGAAGAAACACAAGAAGAAGCAUAAGAAACACCAUGGAGACAAUAGUUCACGUUCUCCAGUUGUAAUUACCAUCGACAGUGAUAGUGAUAAGGAUUCUGAAGUAAAAGAAGAUGCAAAAUGUGACAAUAAUGGGCCUCAAGACCCUCUACAAAAUGAGUUUUUGGCUCCUUCCUUGGAACCAUUUGAAACUAAAGAUGUAGUUACAAUAGAAGGUGAAUUUGGUGGUCUGGACAAGGAGUGUGAUGUUACCACACUUACUAACAACUUGAAUAAUAAUGCCAACAAAACUGUAGAUAAUAUUCCAUCCCCAACAGCUUCAGUUGAACAAACUCUUGAUGUAAGAAAAGAGAGCACCUUUGCCUCUAAUUUGGAGAACCAGGCCAGUAAUGUCUCUAUUCAAACUGAGCCAUCAAGGCAAUUGCCAUCUCCACGGACAUCAUUAAUGUCAGUGUCUCUUGGUAGAAACUGAUGUCUUAAAACUGCCAAAGCAACUCGUUGAGAAUUCUGUUGGUAUACAAAGGAAAAAAAGGAACAGUGUCCUCUACUUCAGUCUAUUUAAAGAUGUCUUUUGGUGAAAACUCUAUUCCCGUUUAAGUGAUUUUUUUUGUGUGUUACUUUAUAAGAAUCAUUAUUUGUUCAAAAAGUAUGUAUGUCCCACCCUCAGAGAUAUGCACUUUGAAGUGAAGAAAAUGAUAUUGCUAGCAGUUUAUUUAAAACUUGGGAUCCUUUUUAAAUAAAGUAUAAAUUUUAGAAGUUAUUUCAUAAAGCCAUAUGGUAUUGACAUAUUUUUAAGGUAAUGAGUAUUUUUGAAUUUUUUUUUUUUUUGAGAGUUAUUCUGGAAAUGUGUUAUAAGCUAGGAGAAUCCCUUUGGACAGUCUUUAUUUUUCUUCUUAAAAAUUUGUAUGAUUCAAAACCAUUUCUUCAGGUUAAAUUGAGGCAUUUUAAUCUGCAGUUUAUCUUGACUUCUGCCAAAAGAAAAGUUUACUAUUUCCUUUAUAUACUUGUUUAUCUGGAGUGCCAGUAAAACAAAUGUGUAUUCAACAAAAGACAAAAUAAAACAGUAACACUUUAAAAUAAGAAUCAGAAAUUUUCCUAUGCAGCAUUGCUUUUAAAAAAGAUUGUAGUAGAACCAGAAUCUUGAAAAUAGCUAAGGGUAUAAUUUUGUUAUAAAUACUAAAUUUCAGGUCAUCUGGAUUUACAAAUACUUCAGUUUUCAUGAUUAUUUUAGUUAUUUAAUCUGAUUUUGUCUUAAGCAAAAUGCUAUUAAGUAGCAUUUAGUUACUAAAAACACAAAAUACCCUUGCCAUACCUCUUUUACCUUGGUAGUUCUUCUCUGUGUAAAGAGAUGAUAAAAUUACAUCUAGGCUGAUUUAGGAUUGCUAGUAAACAACAGAGCUUGAGUUAAAUCUCAAUUCAGCCUUCAGUUUGCCUUGUUACCACAUUCAUUCAUUGAUUGGAAAUUAGAAUGCCUGCUAUAUGGCAGCUCUGUACUAGGUUUUAGUGACAGAGCAAUGCAGAUAUGCUCUCUGCUCUCAUGGGGCUUACAGAUUACUUAAGAUGGAUAAUAUCUAUAUAAAUAUAACAUUACAAACAAAUUCUCUGAAGAGAAACUAUAAUUAUAAGAGUAUAUAAUGGGAGCCUAAUCUCAGGUGGAACUAAUAGUUGAAUUGGAAUCUGGAAAACAAGUGGAUAUUAACUAGGGGUAGAGUUGCUAUUAGCAAAGGAAAAUAUAUGCAAAGAUCCAAAGGCAGAAGGGGAGCCUAGCAUAUUUCAAGAACAAAAAGGGCAAGGUUAGCCAAAGGACAGAGUAUAGGAACAAGCUUUGUAGGCCAUGUUUAGAAUUUGUUUAUCCUAAGCACAGUAAAAAAUUGGUUUAAAAUUAUAAGAAUCUAAAAUUGAUGUUAGCAAUUUUUAGUAAGCUCAGACAUUGAGAAAUUGUGGGAAGACUAUAUAGAUUGAUCAAGAAAUACAAAUUGAAUAUAUGAAAUUACUUUAUGGUUAUAAUAUUUUUCUUAAUUAAGUAUUAAAAACUAAAGAAUGCUGUUUUAUUCCACAUUGUAUAUUUUACAUCAUGUUUUCUGUUAAACAUUUAAUGAAAACACAAUGCAUGGUACCAUCACUCAUGUUCAGGCCCAAAAUCAAGUCCUGUCUUUCAGUUCUCCUAUGCAACCAAAUACUGGUCAUUAAAUAUUUUUCUAGUAUUUCUAUUGUGUUUAUACCAUCCAGUCUAGGCAGCCAGGACAUCUCACCUAUACUACCAUAAUGGGUCUGCCUGCAUUCCACUCCUUUUCCCUCAUCCAUUCUUGAUGCAGUAUUCAAAAGAUCUUUUAAAAACAUUUUUUCACUUUAUUCCCCUACUUAAAUCCUUCAAUAGCUUCCCACUUUUCUGAGGGUAUUAAAAUCAGACAAACAAAAAAUUCAAUAAUGUGAAUUGGUUUACAAGUCUACCUAAUAAGGCUCUGGCCCAUCUUCAGCAUUUCUCUCGCCUCAUUCAUGGGAGGGCUAUGGAGGUGCCAUUCCCUACUGCAUCAGAAUGUGGCGUUUUUCACAUUUUUCUUCUUCUGGAAACAAACAGCUCCACCUUGGGUAAACUAGGUUUCUGUUAAAAGUGUGUUGUCACCUGCUACCCUAUUAUUUCUCCUUAAUUACUUGCUCUUUGAACAACCCCAGACUCCAGAGCACUUGUGACAAUUGGUAAUUGAUUACUAACUGCCUUAUUUCCACUAGUCUGAAAGUUCUGCGACAACUAUAUGUAUGUAGGUGUACUGCCAUAUCCUUUUUACUGUUUCACAUAGAGGUCCUUAAAACACUGGAUGAAUCAAUAAAUAGGUCCUGGAUAUUUCAGAAA